UACAGUCAGAGACAGAAAACUGAGCCUUCCUUCUUUGAUCUCUCCUCCUACCUACUAUGGCUAUGGCGGCAUGCGGAGUUUCACGUUUGGAUGUUACAGUUUCCACCACCCUCGUCCAGCUAAAAACCUUAUCGAGGCCACUCCAAACCCUAAACCAAUUCAAUCCCUUAUCUAGUUCUUCGCUAUCUUCAUGCAAGAUACCCACCACCAGUCAAGAAUGGCAGCAGGGUUUGCGUCUCAGGGCAGAACGUAAGACAUCUCUUUGUGGACCUCCAAUGGCUGUCAAUGGAAUCGCUCCCAUAUCGACGAGCAUUCCUGAUAUUAAAACCUCGAAUCCGAUUGUGGUGAUUGAUAAUUACGACAGCUUCACUUACAAUCUUUGUCAGUAUAUGGGAGAGCUGGGCUGCGAGUUUGUAGUUUAUCGAAAUGAUGAGCUAACCGUGGAGGAACUGAAGAAAAAAUGUCCAAGAGGAGUGGUUAUUUCUCCUGGGCCCGGAACUCCCCAAGAUUCGGGAAUUUCAUUGAAAACUGUGUUGGAACUUGGUCCUACAAUACCAAUAUUUGGUGUCUGUAUGGGUCUUCAAUGCAUCGGAGAGGCUUUUGGAGGGAAGAUUGUUCGAUCGCCUUCUGGAGUAAUGCAUGGGAAAAGCUCACCUGUGUAUUACAAUGAGGGAGAGGAAGAAGGCUUAUUUACUGGGUUAUCAAACCCAUUUUCUGCUGGUAGAUAUCACAGCCUGGUGAUUGAAAAGGAAAGUUUCCCCCAUGAUGAACUCGAAAUUACUGCAUGGACUGAGGAUGGUUUGGUUAUGGCUGCCCGUCAUAAGAAAUAUAAGCAUAUAAUGGGCGUGCAAUUUCACCCGGAAAGCAUUUUAAGCACGGAGGGGAAGGAAAUUGUUAAUAAUUUUAUCAAGUUUAUAAAGAAAAAUGAACAGGCGAAAACAGAGUAAGAGCUGAAUCUAGAAGGUUUAUUUGUACCUUGUUGAUUGAGAGAUACAAUAAUAAUAUAUCCUCUUAUGAAUAAUUUUAUGAUUUUUGAUGACUUUGGAAUUUCAUAUAUCAAAUAUCAUU